GCGAGCGCGCGGGGCGGGGGAGGGCGCCGGGCGCAGAAUGGAAAGAGGCGGGGCCUGAGAGGUAGUAAUGAAUCUGCCCCCUCCCGGGGGAGAGCCGCGGAGCAUUAAUAAAUCUAUAAGCAGAGGAGGAAACUCUGGCUGGGGCAGUGCGCGGAGCUCCGACUGCUCGUGGGGGACGGCGGCCGGAACGGCAGCGCCGGCGCCGGCGGCAGGAGCAGCAAACCGGCAAAAUACAACAGAGGCAACCACAGAAGGGAGCCGGUGGUCCUCUCCCGUAAACACACUCCCCUCCACCGCCACCUCCCCCAGCACCGCGCGCCGUGCUGCGUGGCGCCCGAAGCCGCUCCGACUGCUAUGUAACCGCGAGACUGCGGGAGGAAGGGGACUGGAGAAAAGAGGUUCGCCCGUGGGAGCCCCGGGGGCCAAGUUUGCACGCACCCUCCUGUAGCCCUCGCCUGCCCCUUCCUCCACGUCGGCUGGCCCGGGUGUCCUUCGCCUCCUCGCGUGCCCAGCAGCCGCAGUUCCCGGCGACCAUGGUGACGGUGGAGGAGCUGCGGGAGAUGGACUGCAGCGUGCUCAAAAGGCUGAUGAACCGGGACGAGAACAGCGGCGGCGCAGGCGGCAGCGGCAGCCACGGCGCCCUGGGGCUGCUGAGCGGCGGCAAGUGCCUGCUGCUGGACUGCAGACCGUUCCUGGCGCACAGCGCGGGCUACAUCCGAGGCUCGGUCAACGUGCGCUGCAACACCAUCGUGCGGCGGCGGGCCAAGGGCUCCGUGAGCCUGGAGCAGAUCCUGCCCGCCGAGGAGGAGGUGCGCGCCCGCCUGCGCUCCGGCCUCUACUCGGCGGUCAUCGUCUACGACGAGCGCAGCCCGCGCGCCGAGAGCCUCCGCGAGGACAGCACCGUGUCUCUGGUAGUUCAAGCGCUGCGUCGCAACGCCGAGCGCACCGACAUCUGCCUGCUCAAAGGUGGCUAUGAGAGGUUUUCCUCCGAAUACCCGGAAUUCUGUUCCAAAACCAAGGCCCUGGCAGCCAUCCCGCCUGCUGUGCCCCCGAGCACCGCCGAGUCCCUGGACCUGGGAUGCAGCUCCUGUGGGACCCCCCUGCACGACCAGGGGGGUCCCGUGGAGAUCCUUCCCUUCCUCUACCUCGGCAGUGCCUACCAUGCUGCCCGGAGAGACAUGCUAGACGCCCUGGGGAUCACGGCCCUGUUGAACGUCUCCUCCGACUGUCCCAACCACUUUGAAGGACACUAUCAGUACAAGUGCAUCCCAGUGGAAGACAACCACAAGGCUGACAUCAGCUCCUGGUUCAUGGAAGCCAUAGAGUAUAUCGAUGCGGUGAAGGACUGCCGCGGGCGGGUGCUGGUGCACUGCCAGGCGGGCAUCUCGCGCUCCGCCACCAUCUGCCUGGCCUACCUGAUGAUGAAGAAGCGAGUGAGGCUGGAGGAGGCCUUUGAGUUCGUCAAGCAGCGGCGGAGCAUCAUCUCGCCCAACUUCAGCUUCAUGGGGCAGCUGCUGCAGUUCGAGUCGCAGGUGCUGGCCACGUCCUGCGCCGCGGAGGCCGCCAGCCCCUCCGGGCCCCUGCGCGAGCGCGGCAAGGCCACCCCCACCCCCACCUCGCAGUUCGUCUUCAGCUUCCCGGUCUCGGUGGGGGUGCACUCGGCCCCCAGCAGCCUGCCGUACCUGCACAGCCCCAUCACCACCUCCCCCAGCUGUUAGAGCCACUCUGGGGACCCCCACACCGGUCUGCUUCCGGCCAGGGGUGGGUGGGCCGUGUGUGGGCAGCCAGUCGGGACUGACCAGCUGGGGGCGGACCACCAAGCUCCUUCCCAUCCAUUGCUCCUUGGCCAGCCACGGGGCCGCUAGAAUGGCAAUAAGGACUUUGACUACAUAUUAAAAGCAAACAAAACACUCCAACUUAGAGCAAUAAUGGCUGCCUCAGUGGGCAGGGAAGCCCUCGGUUUGGUUUAUGUGUCAGUUUUACUUUUCAGAUAGGAAUUUCUUACCUCAUUUUUGUAAGCAGUAAGGCUUGAAGUUAUGAAACCCACAGAUCCUGGCAAAUGUGCCCACCCGGUUUGAUUUAGGGGAGGGAGAGUGGGAAGGGAAGGGCCACAGGAAGAAAGCAGGUCUGCCCCAAGUGCCUGGUUCUCUGUGCUUGGUCCUUGUUUGUUGUUGUAGUUACAGAAAUUUUUUUUUUUUAAUCUUUUAGGACCUGGUUUUCCUUU